AUGGAUUUUAAAACUCAGCACAGAGCCACAAUAGGAGCAAAAUACAAAGGUACUUCGCUGAUCUCUGCUCACAAAUCCAACAAGUUGGCCAUAGAAAAUAAAAAAGCUAUGUCAUUCAGCAAAACAAUAUCGUCUUCACAAAGUCCUGGAAAAGAUCCUGCUCGAGAGGAAUCUACCAAGAAAAGACUAAUGAAAUGGAAACAGGAACUGGAUACUAACGCAAUUCGAAAGUCAACUGAAUCACUGCUUCAAUCGAUCGAGAGCACUGAGUUCAAUAUCAAGAGUCAGAUCAUUUCAAAACGAGCAAUGGCCGUUACUGCAUUUGGAAAUAUCGAAGUCCCAAAAGAAUCAGGAAACGAUGUGCUAACUGAGGAAUUGACACAGCGUGCUCAUUAUGAUAUAAUGGAACAAAUUAGCAAACAACGCGUCCGACAAAAAGAAAAGAUAAAGCAAGCACAAACAGUUGCUGAAGAUUUAAAAAAGCGCAUUAUAAAAACCAAAGAGGAUUUCGCAAAAAAAGCCAUCUUGCAUAAAUCAAAACCAGAGUUUAGGCGGCAUUUUCACUGUAUAUUUGGAGAUAUUUUAAACGUCACUGCUCUCAUGGAUAAUAUAUUUGCAGUUUUCAGUUCAAACAAUACAAUAGAGAUUUGGAUGGUGCAAGACGAUGACUCUUUGUCUAACCAGCUAUGCAAAUUGAUACAGAUUGAAGUAGAUCCAAUAUCACAUAUCGAGCAUUUGUAUGUGGAAAGUAGAUUUACGCCAAAGAAUGGCGCAGCCGCGACCGACACGCAUGCUGAAGGCUCUAAAAUUUUAGCCAUGAAAUCCAGCCAUAUUGGUGCACAAAGCAAUACCAAUACUGUAGACAUAGUCAUUGAUGAUGAAAAUGAUGAUCAGUUUCUUCCAUUUUCAACAGCAGUAGCACCAAAACAGAACGACUCACGUAAACGACAACGUGUGAGAAAUCUAUUCAAGUAUCCAAAUAUGAAGUCCGAGGAACUUGCCAAUAGGAAAGAAAUAUGCCAAGAGUUGGCGUCAAAUAAUUUGGAGUCGUUAAAAAGUCCAAGUCAAUUUCAUGCAUUAUUUUUUGUUGGAUGUUUUACUGGACAGGGAUUAAUAGCUGAAAUUAGCUGGUCUAUUGACGUGAAAACCAAAAAAAUCGAGUUCGAGUUUUCAAUUAUAUGCCAAAAAAAGCUAUCACAAGUUCCUAUUUUAUUUUCCAAGUUUCAGCAGAUGGAGGAUGGAUUAUCCAUUAUUACUACCGAAACUGUUUCGGCCUCUGGAGAUCAUUUUCUACAAUCAUUUACAUUGGAUUUGAAGUUGGAGUGGAUGUGCAAAUGUGAUGUCCUUAUUUUAGUUGCUAUAGAUCACGCAAAUCGUACUGUUUCUCAAAAUCAAUAUUUUAAAGCUGACCACGCAGUUGAAAAUCUUAAAGCAUAUGAAAAAAUGAUGAUAACGGCAAUCUGUGAGGACAGAUAUCACAAAGGACUGAUUCUUGCUUUACGUAACGGUUCAUGCGUUCGUGUCACUUAUACAAGGAAUCUUGGCCACAAUCCCACCAGUUUUUCCACUGCACAAACCAUUCCUGUCCCUUUGACUAAUCAGAAAAUCAAAAAACUAAACCAUUUUGAUGCAAAGACAGACAAACAAACCCACGGUUUGAACUUCACAGCAGCAAAUACUGACCGAUUACUGAAAAUUUCGUGGUGUGUCGAGCUUUUUCAAAAGGCAGAUGAAGAGAUGCCGUAUCGAAAUAAAAACAUACAUAUAGUCGAGGACGGUACUCCAACGUACAUCGUUGGUCAGACAUCUGAAAGAAUAGGUCUUUCGUUUAUAAACAACCCCACGCUAGGCUCCAAGCCAGACGACUUUGAGGUGAUAUCUCUGAAGUGUAUCAUCAAUUUACAAAACAAAAAGCCACAACUGAUCAUUACAGGAUCAGACGGUCUUGUACGCAUAUUUGCAAACAAUAUUGAAAAGAUUCUUACUAGACCACUUAGCGUGAUUUGCUUUGAUAAAAGUGUUCGAUCUGUUGAUGAUACAGACGGUUUAACAAAAGUGUCAUAUCAUGCGCAACCAUCAAUUGCUCACACUGACAUCAUCACAACUCGAGAUACUCAACUAUUUACAGCUUUUACCAACAAAUCAAUGUUGGUAUCGUUCGAUCUGGCCAACCCAGAAAGCUCAACCAUUGAAAUACAGGUAGUUUCAAAUAGACCAGGAGUAGCUCCUUCAACUGAUCUUCAAACAAACCAAAAACCCAAAGUUGAACAUCAUCUCAGCAUCAUUGAUGACAAAGAAGGAAUGGGAAUCAUAGUUAAUGGUAAAGAGUGGAGUAUAUUAAGCUACAAAAAAUUGAUGGCUUGGUCUGUAGAAAGUAAACACGACAAGAUUGGAAAUACGCCGUUGUGA